AUGGAGUCGAAGCCUCAAUAUCCGUUCCAUUGCCUGCGAUACGUGGGAAGGAAAGAUUUGAAUGUCAUAAUUGCGACUGCAGGUGCAAAGAUUUAUUCCAUAUCUGCCGAGGAUGGUCGUAAACUCUCUACAUGGCCUCCCGCAACGAACCCCAGUAAUGGCGCUGUUCAGGUUGCCUCCGAUGUGCACGGUGACGAGCCGCCCGAAAAGAGGAGGAAACUUACGCCAUCUAGUAAUGGCAAGGACGAGCAAGGAGUGGCGCACGGUGGUAGUGCGUCUACCGCUCAACCUCUAGCUUGGUCAUCCAUUCCGAUUAUGGUUAUCUCUCAUUCAGGUCGAUAUGUAAUCGCAUUAACUGGCGAAGAUAAACAUGUGCGAGUUUUUGAAAUUGGCGUAGAUGGAGUAUUGACUCAAUUAACCUCGAGACCUGUGCCAAAACGGCCUUGCGGGAUUUCACUGUCCUUUGACGACAGUACAAUCUUUUGUGCAGAUAAAGCCGGAGAUGUAUAUGCUCUUCCCUUGUUACUUUCAGAAGAUGAAAUACGGUUGGUUUCUCGUACAAAGAAACACUAUCCGCCAGCAGCAAACACACUUGUCGUUCACUCGAAAAGGAAUUUGGAAACUCUACGCCAACAGCUUCUUCAUCACGGUCAGGCGAGACCUACGACAGCCAAUCCUACAGUAAAACGGGACAUUUUACUUGGACAUGUCUCUAUGCUAACGGAUUUGGCAAUUGCGUCUUUGCCUUCAAGCACAUCUACCAAUAAUUCCCAACUUUUUAUACUUACAUCGGAUCGUGAUGAACAAAUUCGUGUAUCUCGCGGCCCCCCUCAAACACAUGUUAUUGAGUCUUAUUGUUUGGGACACGAAGCCUUUGUCAGCAAGCUCUGCAUUCCAGCUUCUCUACCACAAAUAUUAAUCUCAGGUGGCGGGGAUGACUAUCUGUUUGUGUGGGAUUGGAGAACCGGUCAAGUCUUGCACAAGAUUCCGAUCGCUUCAGAUCGAAAUCAAGGCAAAAUUGUCGUCAGGGGAAUAUGGGCUUUUUCUAUUGACGGUAGCUCAUCAGUUGCAGUUCUUGUUGCACUUGACGGAUCACCCGAACUCUUGAGCUUCUUGCUACUCCAAGACGGAAGUUUACUACCCCAGAAAUCUUUUGAGACCUCGGGUAAUGUUUUAGAUGUGACGUGGGCGGAAGAUAAAUCUACGCUCUUCAUCUCUGUCGAUACAUGCCACGAGCCUGGUUCGAUUGAGACUUGGAAGAAGGAAUUCAAAGGGAAUCAAUCUCUUCUUGAGACCUAUACAAUCAAGUUCCAGGAUGAGAUGUUGACUUUCAACCCCGCCUCAUCUCAAAUUCUUGAGAACAUCAAAGCAGAGGGGACGGAAGAUGUUUAUGCUGUGGUAGACGAAUCUUGCAGGCUCAAAGCUCAAAAGUCACUAAGCGGGGUAUUGUACAAUUUACAAAAUCUCCGCAAGCGA